AUGGGUCCAAGUGGCAAGGGUGAAAUCUGCCUCUGUACCAGCAGAAUCUUUGUCCAGAAGAGCAUCUAUAGUGAAUUUCUGGAGAAGUUCGUAGAAGCUACCAGAAUGUGGAAAGUUGGCAUUCCCUCUGAUCCGUCGGCCAGCAUGGGAGCUCUAAUAAGUAAAGCUCAUUUGGAGAAAGUCAGAAGUUACAUCAAAAAAGCCCGGAUGGAAGGGGCCCAGAUUCUGUGUGGUGAGGGGGUGGACACAUUGAGCCUCCCCCGCAGGAAUCAAGCAGGAUACUUUAUGCUUCCCACAGUGAUAACAGACAUUAAGGAUGAAUCUUGCUGCAUGAAGGAAGAGAUAUUUGGGCCAGUGACAUGUGUUGUCCCCUUUGAUAGUGAAGAGGAAGUGAUUCAAAGAGCCAACAGCGUUAAAUACGGACUGGCAGCCACAGUGUGGUCCAGCAAUGUGGGCCGUAUCCACCGGGUGGCUAAGAAGUUGCAGUCAGGCUUGGUCUGGACCAACUGCUGGCUCAUCAGAGAGCUCAACCUGCCUUUUGGGGGGAUGAAGAGUUCUGGGGUAGGUCGAGAAGGAGCCAAGGACUCUUAUGAAUUUUUCACUGAAAUCAAAACCAUCACCAUUAAACACUGACCUUGGCCGGUGGAGAAGCUGUUAUGGUCCAUUCCUGGCUGCAGAGAAUCAGUCCAAUGCAGUGAGCAGAUGUGCCGGCAUAAAAUCCAGCCAUAUCUUGGCUCCGUGGGUUUUCUCUACCUUAUUCUCAGUAGUUCGUACUUUUAUUCAUUGUCAGAGAGGAUGUCUAUUUUCACUGUGAAGUCAAAGAAGAGACUUCUGAGCAGGAAGGCACAAAAAGGAAGCCAAAUAAUUGUAAGGCUCCUUCUCUGUUGUUGUCUUCACUCUAGAUUUUUUUCAUCAUUUUGAUUGAAUUCUUGGGAAUUUACAGAUAAUCAUUUUUUUUCAUUUUUAAAUAUAUAUAUAUAUGAAUGUAAAUGAUAAAUAUACAUGGAAUUUGUCAGAGCAGGCCUAUAUGGUAGGUCCCACUAAAUACAUCUGUACAAGGACAAAGAAAAUUAAAAUAAUGACUACUUUUGGAGGAAACCUGAAGCAAGAAGUGGGAAUAGUUUGAUCCAUUUCUACUCUGGAGUCUAAUCAAUUCCAAUUUUUCGUGUCUGUCUCUCAUGAGGCUUACAACCCACUAAUCCUAAAAGAAUAAAUGUUAAGCAAUUUUAGUAGCCAGUA